AUUGUCAUAAAUAGAGCCGGUUUUGUGGUGUUUUCACUACUCGGUUGGAUGCCUCGGCCGUAGUAAGUGAGAAAGUGAGCAAGCGAGCUACAAGCAACCGGAGGAAAGUGGACAGGAGGAGAAGGAAAGAGCAAGAACUUGACUCCAGAGCGAAAGAUACUCGGCGGUGAGGGAGACGCAGGAAGCGAUGAAAGAGAUGUCUGCAAACACCAUGCUGGACAGCCAGCGUCAACAAAAGCAUUAUGGAAUCACUUCUCCAAUUAGUUUGGCAUGUCCAAAAGAAAUUGAUCAUAUUUAUACACAGAAAUUGAUUGAUGCCAUGAAACCAUUUGGAGUGUUUGAAGAUGAAGAAGAACUGAACCACAGGCUGGUUGUUCUUGGUAAAUUGAACAAUUUAGUAAAAGAAUGGAUUUCUGAUGUCAGUGAGAGUAAGAAUCUCCCACCUUCUGUCGUGGCUACUGUUGGUGGUAAAAUUUUCACAUUUGGCUCCUACAGGCUUGGAGUACACACCAAAGGAGCUGAUAUUGAUGCACUUUGUGUAGCUCCAAGACAUGUGGAGAGAUCUGAUUUUUUUCAGUCUUUUUUUGAAAAAUUGAAACAUCAAGAUGGCAUUAGAAACUUAAGAGCUGUAGAAGAUGCCUUUGUACCUGUUAUAAAGUUUGAAUUUGAUGGAAUUGAAAUUGAUCUAGUCUUUGCAAGACUGGCAAUACAAACCAUAUCAGAUAAUUUAGAUCUAAGAGACGACUCUCGACUGAGAAGCCUUGAUAUAAGGUGUAUUCGCAGCCUAAAUGGAUGUAGAGUUACUGAUGAAAUUUUGCAUUUAGUGCCAAAUAAGGAAACUUUUAGACUCACCCUAAGAGCAGUCAAAUUAUGGGCAAAACGACGUGGUAUUUAUUCCAACAUGCUGGGAUUUCUUGGUGGUGUCUCCUGGGCAAUGCUGGUUGCAAGAACUUGCCAAUUAUAUCCAAAUGCAGCAGCUUCUACUUUAGUUCAUAAGUUCUUUUUAGUUUUUUCCAAAUGGGAAUGGCCAAAUCCUGUCCUACUGAAGCAACCAGAAGAAAGCAAUUUGAAUUUGCCUGUUUGGGAUCCUCGGGUAAAUCCAUCAGAUAGGUAUCAUCUCAUGCCCAUAAUCACCCCUGCCUACCCACAGCAGAAUUCUACGUAUAAUGUGUCCACCUCAACUCGAACAGUAAUGGUAGAAGAAUUUAAACAAGGUCUUGCAGUCACAGAUGAAAUCCUUCAAGGGAAAUCAGACUGGUCCAAACUACUUGAGCCACCAAAUUUUUUUCAAAAGUAUAGACAUUAUAUAGUAUUGACUGCCAGUGCAUCAACAGAAGAAAACCAUCUAGAGUGGGUUGGAUUAGUAGAAUCUAAAAUCCGUGUGCUUGUUGGAAACUUGGAACGGAACGAAUUUAUUACUCUUGCCCAUGUAAAUCCCCAGUCAUUCCCAGGAAAUAAGGAACAUCAUAAAGACAACAAUUACGUGUCAAUGUGGUUCCUUGGAAUAAUUUUUCGGAGAGUUGAAAAUGCAGAAAGUGUUAACAUAGACCUGACCUAUGAUAUACAGUCGUUUACUGAUACAGUGUACAGACAGGCAAACAAUAUAAACAUGCUAAAGGAAGGGAUGAAAAUUGAAGCAACUCAUGUUAAAAAAAAGCAACUUCAUCACUACCUUCCCGCAGAGAUUCUUCAAAAGAAGAAAAAGCAAAGUCUUUCUGAUGUCAGUCGAAGUUCAGGUGGACCUCAAUCCAAAAGAUCAUCUCUGGAUAGCAAUUGUUUGGAUAGCUCCAGAGACACUGAUAAUGGAACUCCUUUUAAUUCCCCAGUGUCUGCAAACAAACCUUCCAAGCCUGACGUUCUUCCUUCAGGAGAAACGGAAAGGAAUAAUACUGAGCCUGCUGCUGUAAUUGCGGAAAAGCCACUGAGUGUGCCACAAGCUCAAGGACUGUCUAUCCCAGUCAUUGGUGCAAAAGUUGAUUCUGCAGUAAAAGCCGUAUCGCCCCCAGCUGUGUGCACCAUUCCUACUGUAGUCGGACGAAAUGUCAUUCCUAGAAUCCCAACACCCCACAACCCUGCCCAGGGACAGCCACAUCUUAAUGGAAUGUCAAACAUAACUAAGAAUGUUGCACAUAAGAGGUCCCAUUCCCCAUCCGUAGAUGGGUCUUCUAAGAGGUUGAAAGAAAUAGAAAAGUUUAUUCGACUUGAAUCAACAUUUAAGGAAUCACGUGCUCCUGAAGACAGAAAAAGAAAAGCAAUGGAUGCCAUUGGAGGAGAAUGUAUGCCUAUUCCAACUAUUGAUACAUCACGCAAAAAGAGACUACCCAGUAAAGAACUACCAGAUUCAUCAUCUCCGGUUCCAGCAAAUAACAUUCGAGUCAUCAAAAAUUCCAUUCGACUGACCCUUAAUCGGUAA